AUGUCCGAAACGCCGGCAGAAACCCCGAUCGAUUGGCCGAAACCGAGCCCAGCUCUUUGUAAAGGAAAGGAACCCAACAACAACGAGAACGGCAACUGCAUACAAUACCACGACCCACCACAGCCGCACGCACACGCAGAGGAGUCUCAGAUGGCCGACAAGACCAGCCCAACAACCGCCGAAGCCCACGAGGUGAAGACAGUCAGAGAACAGGUCGAAGGAAUGGGCGUCGAAACCGGACAACAGACAGCCGUCUCAUCAUCCGACCAGAAGAACUUGAAGCACUCAACCCCUCGGGGGCAGCACAACGAACUGGACAACUCUCCCCCCUCGAGCACCAAGGCAAAGGAGCUGCCCGCCUCUUGGGAUGCCUACGCCGAUCUGCAAUCGCCCUUUGCCUGUUUUGCACCCAGAACGACGACCUGGUCGUACGCUCAGCCAUCAGACCAGGGACCAGGCUCGCCGAAAGAAGGUUCGAACCUACAUGCACGUGCAUCGGCCCCUCCUCCGAAACAAGUAUCCACCGCACCCGCAUUCUCCUUGACGGGUCAACAACAGGCCAGCGCAAAUCAACUCUGCCCAAACAAAUUCCCGUCGGGGUCAGACUUCUUCCUCAAGGGCAAACGUAACACCUCCGUAGCAGAUCCCUCGCCAGUACUCGACGAGGACUCGGCAAGUCAGUCCAAAAAACCGAAGCUGCCCCCACCCCUCUCUCCGACUAGCUUACGGUCCGCCGCACUGGAGAAGUUCAACAGCCACCCCGACCUCCAGCCCCCCUCGGCCCAGCCUUCAACCGUCUCGAACUUCCUCAACGUCCAUCCGCCAAGCUCGAAAGCCAGCUCUGCCUGUGCCGACAACGGCGAGACCGACGAGCCCCCCUCCUCCACAAGAUCCCCGGCCAACCCCUCUCCGCAACCACAACAGCCUAGCAGCCAAUCUCUGGGCUUCUCUGCCUUCGCGACCUCCGCCGGCUUCGGCGAUUCGUCCAAGAAACCGACCGUCGAUUGGUCCGACGGCCGUGGAUCCUCUCCCUCGGUCUUCGACCAGCAGCCCCCCUCAUCUUCAAAACCAGCCGACCCUUCCCAACCUGACUCCCAACAGCCCCCGGUCUCUGAAUGGGGCGGUGGCCAGACUGCAGAACGAAAGACUCACUUGGCUCUAUCUGCCGAGCUAGGCCAAGAGGAUAAACACGAAGGAUUCUUAGCCACUGAAGUUAUCACUGGUGAGGAAAAUGAGGAGUUGGUCAAAAGCGUCCGUUGUAAGAUGUUCACCCUGGGAGAAGAUCAGUCGUGGCGUGAAAGGGGCACGGGUGGUCUGCGGUUAUUGCGGACAAAGGAGGAACCUUAUCGCUACCGAUUGAUUAUGCGAGCCGAUGCGGUCUUGAGGGUGUUGCUCAACGUCCCCAUCUUUAACGGGUUCAGUUACCGUCCAACUCAGGAUAAGUUCCUCACUUUCGCCUCCACCGUGGCCCUGAAUCCCUCGACCGGAUCGGGACCUGGAUCGACAGCGCCGGCCGAGCUUGAAGGAGAGUCUGGCAAAACUCAAUUCCAGCAAUACUUAUGUCGGUUCGGCAAACCCGAAGCUAGACAAGAAAUCAUCGAUAGCAUCGAACAAUGUCUGAAAGAACUCGCUCGAUCAAAUCCUGAUCAAUCUACCCAGGACGACAAAGAAAAUCGGGAAAACGCUUCGGUCGACGCUUCUGACCUCGUCUAA